GUUACCAGUCAACAACCGCAGCUCCCCCCUACAGAUUUCACCAACCCCAAGGCCGCCUCGUUUUUUUCCUCGAGGAACUCCUGCUCGUUCGACCGCCAUGGACGGAGCUCGUGCCGGCUCGCCCCGCCUCGCCCUGCUUUCGCUCGCUCUGUUUCUGUUCCUUGCUCCGUGUCGAGCGCAGACGUGCUCGAGCUACGCCUUCUCGGACGGUAGAGCCUAUUCGUCCUGCGUCGACCUCUCUGUCCUGAACUCCUACCUUCACUGGACCUACAACCAGGCCUCGUCCGUCGCCGACAUCGCCUUCCGGGUCACCGGAGCGACGGAGUCCGACUGGGUGUCCUGGGCCAUCAACCCUUCCGGCCUCAGGAUGGUGGGCUCGCAGGCGCUGGUUGCCUACCAGAACUCGAGCGCGUCUCUAAGGGUCUACACCUCCUCGGUGGACAGCGAGGGGACGACUCUGCCGGAGGGGAACCUUAGCUUCGGGGUGUCGAACAUCUCGGCGAAGCUCGAGGGCAGCGAGAUGACCAUCUUCGCGACGCUGCAGCUGAGCAGCGGGACGACGACGGUGAACCAGGUGUGGCAGGUCGGCCCCCUGCAGAGCGGAUCCCCCGGAUCGCACGCGCUGAGCGGCGCCAACGUCCAGUCGGUGGGGACGCUGGACCUCCUGUCUGGGACCACCGUGGCGAGCGGCGGGUCGGCAAGCUCGAGGCAGCGGAGGAGGAACGUGCAUGGGGUGUUGAACGCGGUGAGCUGGGGGACGCUGAUGCCGAUGGGAGCAUUGAUCGCGAGGUACCUGAAGGUGUUCCAAUCCGCCGACCCCGCCUGGUUCUACCUCCACAUCUCGUGCCAGGCCUCGGCCUACGCGGUCGGCGUCGCCGGCUGGGCCACCGGCCUCAAGCUCGGGAGCGAUUCCUCGGUCGACCACAAGGUCCACGGCAACAUCGGCAUCGCCCUUUUUGUCCUCGGAACUCUUCAGGGAUUCGCGCUGCUCCUGAGGCCCAAGAAGGAUCACAAGUACAGACCCUACUGGAACAUGUAUCACCUGGCGGUCGGAUACACCGUGAUCGCCCUGAGCAUCAUCAACGUGUUCAAGGGGCUGGACAUACUGGACCCGGAACAGAAAUGGCGGACAGCGUACAUCGCCAUCGUCGCCACCUUGGGGGCCAGCGCCGCCGUUUUGGAAGCCGCCACUUGGUACAUCGUGAUCAAGAGGAAAAAGACGGCAUCUUCAGCUCCGAAGAUCUCUCACGGCAUGAAUGGAGACGAUGGUUACAGCAAUGGCAGAGUAUAGUAUGAGAUUUCACUCAUAGAUUCCGAUUAUUUCUUCUUCGAUUUUCUUGAAUUUUUAUUUUUUUUGGUUAUGUUCAGCUCCAUGUUGAGGGUCUUUUGUGUGGCCCAUAUGAUAGAGCCUUUUUAUUUUAUUUUUUUCUUAUCAGGCUUAUGCAUAUAUUGUUAGGCUUAUACAUAUAUUGGAGGUCCCGUGCUUCUUUUCCUUUUAA